GCCGGGGCUACGGGGUUGGGGGCGGGGGCGGAGGAGGAGUCGGCUCCCGGAAUGGUAGGUCGGGCGCCUCCAUCUUUCCACCCCGCGCCCAGAUGGCACAAAGGGGCAGCGCCGCCCGGCCGCGGGCCUGAGCGCGGGACGAGCCCGGCCCCGCCCCGAUGUGCUUCUGGAUAACAAUGCAUAUUUUAGUUGAUGAUGUCGGAAGCUAAAUCUACAAUUCCCCAUUCAUUCCAGCUUAUUAGCAACACACAAAAUGCAAAGACCACAAUUCAGGAUCACAAAAACAUUACUCUUAAAUCUUUCUAGAUGAUUGUAGUUGCUCUGAUUGUGUUCUACGCUAGCAGAAGCCUUCUGCAAGGUUUACUGCUGACUCUAGAGCAGCACGUCCCCUGCAUACUGGGAACUUUGGGUGCUAGCAACAUGGGCAACUCUUGUGUUUGUCGAGAUGAUAGUGGUGUGGAAGACAACGUAGAAUCCCAGAAUCAGCAAACACAGAAUAGUAGAGUACCAGUACCUGAAGCAAGAAGCCAUCCAAGGGACCCUGUAAGGCCACCCAGGAGGGGGCGAGGACCACAUGAACCAAGAAGGAAAAAACAGAAUGUGGAUGGACUAGUGCUUGACACGCUGGCAGUAAUACGGACGCUGGUAGAUAAUGACCAGGAACCUCCUUAUUCAAUGAUAACAUUACAUGAAAUGGCAGAAACAGAUGAAGGCUGGCUGGAAGUUGUCCAGUCUUUAAUUAGAGUUAUUCCAUUAGAAGAUCCGUUGGGGCCAGCUGUUAUAACAUUACUACUGGAUGAGUGUCCACUGCCAACAAAAGAUGCAUUGCAAAAAUUAACUGAAAUAUUAAAUUUAAAUGGAGCGGUUGCCUGCCAGGAUUCCUGUCACCCUGCCAAGCAUCGUAAUACAACUGCAGUUCUGGGCUGUUUGGCUGAGAAACUAGCAGGUCCUGCAAGUAUAGGCUUACUCAGCCCAGGAAUACUGGAAUAUUUACUGCAGACCUUGAAUUUCCAGUCCCAUCCGACGGUAAUGCUUUUUGCACUAAUAGCACUGGAAAAGUUUGCACAAACAAGUGAAAAUAAAAUGACAAUUUCUGAAUCCUGUAUUAGUGACCAGCUUGCUCUGUUAGAGAAAUGGACAGAUAAUCCAGACUAUUUAAAACGCCAAGUGGGAUUCUGUGCCCAGUGGAGUUUAGACAAUCUAUUUUUGAAAGAAGGCAGACAGUUUACAUAUGAGAAAGUUGACUUGACCAAUAUUAAGGCCAUGCUGAAUAGUAAUGAUGUCAGUGAAUACCUUAAGAUCUCACCACGUGGACUGGAGGCUCGAUGCGAUGCCUCCUCUUUUGAAAGUGUUCGAUGUACGUUCUGCGUUGAUUCUGGGGUUUGGUACUAUGAAGUAACAGUAAUUACUUCAGGAGUGAUGCAGAUAGGAUGGGCCACCAAAGACAGCAAGUUUCUCAAUCAUGAAGGUUACGGUAUUGGGGACGACGAGUACUCCUGUGCAUAUGAUGGCUGCCGGCAGCUGAUUUGGUAUAAUGCCAGAAGUAAACCACAUUCCCAUCCCUGUUGGAAAGAAGGAGACACCAUAGGAUUUUUACUCGAUUUGCAAGAAAAGCAGAUGAUCUUCUAUUUAAAUGGAAACCAGCUUCCUGCUGAGAAGCAAGUGUUUUCAUCUGCUGUAUCUGGCUUUUUUGCUGCAGCUAGUUUCAUGUCCUAUCAACAAUGUGAGUUCAAUUUUGGAGCAAAACCUUUCAAGUAUUCACCUUCAAUCAAAUUUAGCACCUUUAAUGAUUACGCCUUCCUGACAGCAGAGGAGAAAAUAAUUUUACCAAGACAUAGACGUCUGGCUUUGUUGAAACAACUGAGUAUCCGAGAGAACUGCUGCACGCUGUGCUGUGAUGAGGUAGCAGACACAGAACUCAGACCGUGUGGACACAGUGACCUGUGCAUGGAAUGUGCCUUGCAACUGGAGACCUGCCCGUUGUGUCGACAGGAAAUACAGACUAGAGUCAGACAGAUCUCUCACAUUUCAUGACACGUGGAGAAAUAUCAUGGACUUAUUUCUAAUCGAUUCCGGCCAAUACUGCAAGGGACAAGCAUCUCUAACCAAUCUAUACGCACAUCAAAACCAUAGCCGUGACCAGAUUUCAUGCUACGCCAUAGUCUGUUUAUCUUAGAAAUGAAAUCUUUAAUAAACUAACCCAACUUGCCAGUGCUGGGGAACUGGCUUCAACAACAGAUAAUAGUUCAACAUUUUAUGGCUGUUGGUUAUCUCCAAGCAAGACCACAGGAGAGUCUUUUUUUUUUCCUCUUUCUUUCUUUCUUUCUUUCUUUCUUUUUCUCUCUCUCUCACCUAUCACAAGUGCUGAAAAAGAAUUUGCACUGGAAAUAUACACACAGUACAUAAAAUCUCCUAAAACAGGGACAUUCUGUCUCAUGCUCUAAAGUCCUUAUUUUUGGCAGAAGUCAUGAAUAAAGUAUGCCAGUAUGUCUUUAAUGUAGCCUCCUGCUGGUCAGAGACUCUGUUUUCCGACAAUGGAUAUUGAACUGCUCAAAGACUUGAAAUCUGUACACAGACAGACUUGUUUGAAAAGAAGGGGCAGAGACCGUAGAAAAAUCCAAAUUUUUGAUAACUCAGUGAUUCCAAAGAAUGUUCCGAUUUCUUUUUUUAAACUCCGGAAAAUUGGUGGUAUUUUCACAUUCAUAGUGUUUCUAAUUACUUCAAUUUCAGUACCCAUGUUUAGUGAAAAGAAUAAUUUUCAGGAGGAAUUCUUACACUAAUUGUAAUGCUGGACAGGAGACCAUUUGAAAUGUUGGGUGUUUUUAAGGUACCAUCAAUCAUCUUUUUUUAAUCAGUAUUGUUCUUUGAAAGUUAUGUACAUUUUUUUAAAAUAUUGAGCUAUAUUCUCAAAAGGUCUGGAAAGAAUUCUGAGCAAAUGUAUUAAUAUUGUUUUAAACAAAUACAUGUUAUUUGAAUAGCA